UACGUACAGCAUCCUUUAUAUUAAGCAAUCUAAUAGAAAAUAAGUUACAGAACAAAUUAAAUGAAGUGAGAAGAACCUAGGGAAGAUUUUAUCAACUGGAACUUAUAAAAACAAGAAAAGAAGAAUUAAAAUCUUACAAGUCUUGCAACCUAAGUUGGACUAUGAGUACCUUUGGGUACCGCAGAAAGCUCGAUAAGUACGAGGAGGUGGAUGAAGAUAACCUCCUGGCCACACUGUCCUCUGAGGAACUCCAAGAGCUGGAGAGGGAGCUGGCUGAUCUGGACCCUGAUGACAAUAUCCCUAUUGGUCUGAGGCAGAAAGACCAGACCACCAGAGAUCCAACGAUGACGUUUGAUAGAGAUGCUUUGCUGAAAUAUUGGGAGGACACAAAAAAUGAGCUGGAAGAGAAGGUGGAGUCCAGGGCUGUUCAGCUACAGGAGGGAGAACCAGAUAAGAGCUUGACUCUAGUGAAUACCACUGAUGUCUGUGAGGCUGUGGACAGAGCCGGCAAAACAAUUUUGUACAAGGGAAGGAGAUUUGAAAAAUGUGUGUUUGACAGAAGAGGUGCAAAGGAAGAUGAAAUGGAAAGGGGAGAUGACUGUACAAAAUCCCUGUGGAGUGGGCUGUCAAAAGGCUUGAGGAGGACUGAGACCACAAGCCAAAAGCUGGGUGUGACCCCUGAAAGCCCAAGUGUGAACCCCACUGUUAUCAGCAAGGCUCUGGAGCAAAUUCUAAGCAAUGAUCCCAACAUGACUGAAGUUAAUCUCAACAACAUUGACAACAUCCCCCAGGAUACUUUGCUUAGUUUUGCAGAGGCCCUGUGUGUAAACAAUCAUGUCCAUGUUUUUAGCCUGGCUAAUACCCACGCUGAUGACAGGGUUGCCUUUGCCAUCGCCAAGAUGCUCCUUGAAAACCACUCUAUCAAAAACCUCAACAUUGAGUCAAAUUUUGUGUCAGGUCAGGGUAUCCUGGCUCUUAUUGCAGCGCUUCAACACAACAGCACGCUUGUGGAACUUCGCUUUCACAACCAGCGACACAUCUUCGGAGGGAAGGUGGAGAUGGAGAUGGUCCAGUUACUAAGCCAAAACACAACUCUGCUCAAGCUUGGUUACCAGUUUGAUCUGCCGGGCCCGAGAAUGACCGCAACCACCAUUCUGACGCGUAACCAGGACCAGCAGCGACAGAGGAGACUCCAACAAAAGAAAACUGUGCCGUCUCCCACAGAGACUUCACCAGAAAACAAACCACUAGAUAAUUCCUCACAACAGAGGAGAAAUCCCUCUUUUACAUCUCUGGAACCACCAACAAGGAAGAUUGCUGAAUUGGUCAAACAGCGUGAAGGCUCAAGCAGCAUAAAGGCUCAGCUGCACCAGAGGAAACCCAAGAUGAAGAAGGUAAAGAACAGUUCUAACGAAAAAGAGAGUGCAGUUAUUUUCAAAGAGCUAAAGAAUUCCUUGAAGCCGUCACUGCAGAAGAGACAUGAUGAACACCCUAACCUGCAGCCACCACUGAGGUCAACCCAUGACGACCUGAUGGCAGCAAUUCGAGGGAGCAGUGUCAGCUCCUUAAAAAGGGUGGAUCUACCUCAGACCUGAGCUGCCCGACUGACACACACCUGAGCUGAUCUUUGACCUGAGAUUUUAUAUCACCAUCACUACUUUUAAUCUUCAUUUUGGGAACACAUGGAGUAGCAUGUCUGUAGGCUUCAAAUAAUACGUUAUUUUAUUACUGUGUGUGAACCUACUGUAAAUACACGUAUAUAGAG